AUGGAGGCGGAUUUCGCCGCCUUCGGGAGCCCGCUGUGCGGCGAGGUCAAGCGGUUCUGCCGGCGGGUGCGGGAGACCUACCGGGAGAUCAAGGAGGACCUCACCCCCUACAGGGAUGACCGUUAUUACCGGCUGGCACCGAUGCGAUUAUAUACACUGUCCAAACGGCAUUUUGUUCUGGUCUUUGUAGUAUUCUUUGUUUGUUUUGGUUUGACAGUCUUCAUAGGAAUAGCAGGUCCCAAUGUAAUUGAAACUUCUGUAGCAAGAACUGAGUUAAAUAACAGCCUAAAGCUGAAACCGUUUAAUUUAAGUUCACCACCACUAUCUACUUACAAUCAGCAGCUGUGGCUGACCUGUGUAGUGGAGUUGGAUCAGCAAGAUGUGUCCCUCAAAAAGAAUGUUACUAUGAUAGUCAAAGUACUUGGAGUGGUGAAGGAUGGAAGCACACCGUAUGUUAAUAACCAAGUUCACAAUCGGACAAGAUUACUCAGCUGUGCACAAAAAUGCAGUGAAAUCAUUGUUGCUCACCUUGGCUACCUGAACUACACUCAGUACAACAUAUUUGUUACCUUUGAAGAUCUAUACAAGUUAACGUACACCAUCCAGAAUAUUACUUUCACAUGGAAGACCUACAAUCCAACGUUUUCGCAAGUGGAAAUAUGGUUCCGAUUUGUCUUUGUAGUUCUUACUUUUAUGGUCACGUGUCUGUUUGCACAUUCCUUGCGGAAAUUCUCCAUGAGAGAUUGGGGUAUUGAACAGAAAUGGAUGUCCAUCCUCCUUCCCCUCCUGCUACUUUACAAUGAUCCAUUUUUCCCCCUUUCUUUUCUGGUGAACAGUUGGUUUCCUGGAAUGCUGGAUGAUCUAUUCCAGUCGCUGUUUCUGUGUGCACUGUUGCUGUUCUGGCUUUGCGUCUACCAUGGCAUAAGAGUACAGGGAGAAAGGAAGUGCUUAACUUUCUAUCUGCCCAAAUUCUUUAUUGUUGGACUAUUGUGGCUGGCCUCUGUUACACUGGGGAUAUGGCAAACUGUUAAUGAAGUACGUGAUCCUACAUAUCAAUACAGGGUUGACACUGGUAAUUUCCAGGGAAUGAAAAUCUUCUUCCUUGUGGUGGCAACCACAUACAUUCUCUACCUUUUGUUCCUGAUAGUGAGGGCAUGUUCAGAACUUCGUAACAUGCCUUAUGUUGAUCUCAGGUUAAAAUUCUUGACCGCGUUAACCUUUGUAGUGCUUGUCAUUAGCAUUGUUAUACUCUACCUACGCUUUGGAGCACAAGUUCUACAGGACAACUUUGUUGCUGAGCUGUCGACUCAUUAUCAGAAUUCAGCAGAAUUCCUAUCAUUUUAUGGUUUAUUGAACUUUUAUCUCUACACAUUAGCCUUCGUGUAUUCCCCCUCAAAGAAUGCACUAUAUGAAUCACAGUUGAAAGACAAUCCUGCUUUUUCAAUGCUGAAUGAUUCAGAUGAUGAUGUGAUUUAUGGGAGUGACUAUGAAGAAAUGCCACUUCAGAAUGGCCAAGCUAUUAGAGCCAAGUAUAAAGAGGAAUCGGACAGUGAUUGAUUUUGCUGUAGACAGACUUGUUCAGGUGGAAUUACACCAAUCAGGUGGAAUUACACCAAUCCUGAAGUUUUCCUAGAUGUACAACUUCCUUGGCUUUCUUAGUCUGCUGACAUCUCAACACCGACUCCCAGGAAGGACAUCCUGCUUCUGUUUCUGUUUACAAAGUUAAAACUGAAAAAAACCCCAAUGCUUGAAAAGGUUGUGGUGAAAACAUAAGAAACCAAAAUUUUUAUGCAUCUUAUAAAAUGCCUGAUAGAAGGAUGUCUAUGGACUAAAAUCUUGAAACCUAUUUCCAUUUAGAAGUAUCACUGAUUAUAUGCUGAUUUUAAAAUUGCUUCCUUGGUUUUCUGGUGGGUUGUUCUGAGGGUUAUGUCCAGCAUAUUGUCAUUCAUCUGUUGCAUUUGUGUUAGCUCCUUUGUGGAUUGCCCACUGCUGUACCAAGUGCCUCAUUUCCCUUUCAAUUUUCUACCUUAGUCUAUUGAGCUGGAAGCAGGGAAUGAAAUGGUUUAUGGUUUUCUCUCUCUCUUUCCUUUUUUUUUUUUUUAAAUGCAAGAAAAACACAAACUUUCCAUUCUUCAUUCAAAGAAGUGAUACAGACUUAAGAAUAUUUUAAAAAUUCAUUUAAGUUUACCAGAUUUGUUAGUGUGAGAUACGUGCAAAUAGUCAAGUUCUAGUGAGCCAAAAUAGCCUCAGUGGUGCAAAAUGAUCUGUAUAAUACAUGUUUCAUAACAUGCUUUACCGCCACAACAGAAGCCUUUGGGUUUGUUUUGCCUUUUUUUUUUUUUUAAACAGCCCUUUUAAAUAGAAAUAUUUAGGCAACAACAAACCUCAGAAGGAAGCCAGUACUCUUCUUUCUGGGCUUUUGUGUGCUGGAGGAGAUUGUUACACUUGCAGAGAAUACAGUGUGAAAGUUUCACAGAGAUUAAUUUAAAAUUUCCAAACAUUUCAUUUUUAGAGGCUUUUUCUACAUCAGAUUUUUUUCUUAAGGUGUAUUAAUAGUUAUUCUACAUCCUAGGAACAGUUGUUCAUGUAUUGAACAUGUGUGAGAGUUGGCUUUUGGGCAUGUUCUAGCCAUGGUUCAACUUCUUUGUCAUAACCACAGGCGCCACUUGUACCCGUCAGAACUUCCAGGACAUUUUAUUAUCUGUGUUCCAGUCUGUGCUGGAGCAGAGUUUUAUGGGAAUUCAGUAUUCCUGGUACAAUGCUGCUGCUUCUCUAUUUAAAAGUUGGGUUUCUCCUGCACCGUUGCUCAGCUCUUUAUUUAAGAGGAUGUUUUGUUUCUAAUUAAUUUUGUUUUCAAGUACUUGACCUGUCUGAAAGUAUCUUUUUUUUUUUUUGUGACUGUGAUUGACUCUUGUACCAUUUCCCUGCCCUGCUGCUGUAGAGAAGACUCUCAAAAGUACUGUUAAUGUCUUAGACAGAAGCUGGUGCUGGCUUACACUAGGGAAUUGUACUCCUCACUGAACUAGUUUAAGCAGAAGAGUGCAAUGAAGUCCUACUUGAUUGAUUUGCUGAAUGGUAUUAGGGAAAAAAUAGAUUUGUUCCGCUUUGAUGCGAGGACUGCUGUGGAGCAUUCCCACUGCAGUAACCUCUCCUGGUGGCUGCUGGAGAUCACGAAAGGGAGACUUCACAGGAGAGCAGUUUGUUUAGAGAGGACCAAAGGAACUGCUUCGUGUCAGAAAAUAGUUCAGAUUAAAUGAUUAACUCGGUGCUCUGCUAAAGAUGGGGGUGGUGAGACACUCCGCGUGUGUGAGGGAGAAAACUUCCUAAAAUUAUGUAGAGCUGUGAAAUUUUUGGAGGAUAUUUGAAAUUUAAAACUUUCUGUACUGGGGACCAUUUAUUUGUUAGAAGCCAAAGCACUAUUCUAUGGCUAAACCAAGGAAACUGCUCAGGGGAGGGGAAGGUUUUUUCCUUUAAUUUCUUAAUUAAUUAGUGUCAGUUUAGAACACCAUAUACGAAGACAUUAAAGAAGUAUUUCAGGUUAGUGGUGUGUUGGUUUUUGUUUUUUCCCCCGUGAACUACAGUAAGCUGUACCUUCAGC